UGGAGUCCUGAGCCUGAACCCGGAGCGCAUCUCCGCGUUGCCGGGUAGCCAGCGCCCGCGUGGCGAGGCUGGGGGACGAACCGGCAGGGAGCACCCAGCCCCAAUGCGCCCGGCCCGCGAGGCCGCCGGCAGCCGCCUCUGAGAAGUUGGGGGGCGGCGCCCGGGGAACACCCCACGCCACCGCAGCCGUUGCAGGGGGCUCGGAAACCGGUUUGUUUCGUCCGGUGGCGCAGACCCGUGUCCCGGGGCGUUGGCCGGAGUGGCGCGGGCUGCGGCCCAAUGCCCUUUCUGGACCGCGGGGGGGUGCCUCGGGCUAGCUGAGCCCCGCGGGAAGGCGGCGACCCCCGGACGGUGCCCGCCCACGGCCUGGGUCCUGAGCCUAUCUGUUAAGAUGCCUUAGAAAAAGAACCAUGGAGAAGUAUGUUAGAGUACAGAAGAUUGGAGAAGGUUCAUUCGGAAAAGCCAUUCUUGUUAAAUCUAUAGAAGAUGGCAGACAGUAUGUUAUCAAAGAAAUUAACAUCUCAAGCAUGUCCAGUAAAGAAAGGGAAGAAUCAAGGAGAGAAGUUGCAGUGCUGGCAAACAUGAAGCAUCCAAACAUUGUCCAGUAUAGAGAAUCAUUUGAAGAAAAUGGCUCUCUCUACAUAGUGAUGGAUUACUGUGAAGGAGGGGAUCUGUUUAAACGAAUAAAUGCCCAGAAAGGCAUUUUGUUUCAAGAGGACCAGAUUUUGGACUGGUUUGUACAGAUAUGUUUGGCCCUGAAACAUGUACAUGAUAGAAAAAUUCUUCAUCGAGACAUAAAAUCACAGAACAUAUUUUUAACCAAAGAUGGGACGAUACAACUUGGAGAUUUUGGAAUCGCUAGAGUUCUUAAUAGUACUGUGGAGCUGGUUCGGACUUGCAUAGGGACCCCAUACUACUUGUCACCCGAAAUCUGUGAAAACAAACCAUAUAAUAAUAAAAGUGACAUUUGGGCUCUGGGUUGUGUCCUUUAUGAGAUGUGCACACUUAAACAUGCAUUUGAAGCUGGCAAUAUGAAAAACCUGGUACUGAAGAUCAUAUCUGGAUCUUUUCCACCCGUGUCUUUGCAUUAUUCUUAUGAUCUCCGCAGUUUGCUCUCUCAACUAUUUAAAAGAAAUCCUAGGGAUAGACCAUCAGUCAACUCCAUAUUGGAGAAAGGUUUUAUAGCCAAACGCAUUGAAAAGUUUCUCUCCCCUCAGCUUAUUGCAGAAGAAUUUUGUCUAAAAACAUUUUCCAGGUUUGGAGCACAGCCUAUACCAGCUAAAAGACCAGGUUCAGGACAAAGCUUGGCUUCUGUUGUGUCUGCUCAGAAAAUUACAAAGCCUGCUGCUAAAUAUGGAGUCCCUUUAACGUAUAAGAAAUAUGGAGAUAAAAAAUUACAUGAAAAGAAACCACUCCAAAAACAUAAACAGGCCCAUCAAAGUCCAGUGAAGAAAGUGAAUCCUGGAGAAGAAAGGAGGAAACUGUUUGAGGAACCAGUAAGGAAGAGAAGGUUGGAAUUGAAUGAAAAAGAAAAGAAACAAAAGGAUCAGAUUAGCUUAAUGAAGGCUGAACAGAUGAAAAGGCAAGAAAAGGAAAGGCUGGAGAAAAUAAAUAGGGCCAGGGAACAAGGAUGGAGAAACGUGCUGAGUGCUGGUGGAAGCGGUGAAAUGAAGGCUCCCCUUUUUGGCAGUGGAGGGGCUGUGGCUCCAUCAUCUUUUUCUUCUCGCGGACAGUAUGAACAUUACCAUGCCAUUUUUGAUCAAAUGCAGCAACAAAGAGCAGAAGAUAAUGAAGCUAAGUGGAAAGGAGAAAGACACGGCCGAAGGCUUCCAGAAAGGCAGAAGGGGCAGCUGGCUGUGGAAAGAGCAAAGCAGGUAGAAGAGUUUCUACAGCGAAGACGGGAAGCGAGGCAGAACAAGGCUCGGGCUGAGGGGCAUAUGGGCACCCUGCACAACCUGGCAGCUCUGUGCGAAGGCAGGCGCAGCUCUUCACGAGGAGGGAAGCCGAGAAGCAAAGAGGAAGAGGUUUAUCUGGCAAGGCUGAGACAAAUAAGACUGCAGAAUUUCAAUGAGCGCCAACAGAUUAGAGCGAAGCUUCGUGGUGAAAAGGCAGAAGCUGACAGCUCCAAAGGACAGGAAGGAAGUGAGGAGUCUGACGUGAGGCGUAAGAAAGUGGAAGUGCUGAAGGCCCAGGUGAGCGCCCGUGCGGCUGUGCUGAAGGAGCAGCUAGAACGUAGGAGGAAGGAGGCGUACGAGAGAGAGAAGAAGCUGUGGGAGGAGAAUUUGGUGGCCAAAGGAAUAAAGAACUCUGAUGUGUCUCCACCUUCAGGACAGCAGGAAACAAGUGGCUCUCCAUCAAAGCAACAGAUGAGACCUGUUAUUUCUGUGACUUCUGCUUUGAAAGAAGUGGGUAUGGACAGAAGUUUGACUGAUGCCCAAGGAACCUCAGAAGAAAUGCAAAAGACUAACAGUGCUAUUUCGAGUAAGCGCGAAAUACUACGUAGAUUAAAUCAAAAUCUUAAAGCUCAAGAAGAUGAAAACGGAAAGCAGAGUCACUCUGAAAUCGGUGCAAUAAUUGUUCACGAAGACGCCAAAGAGCGGGAAAAAGAAAAAUCGGUUUCAUCGGAUCGCAAGAAAUGGGAGGCUGGAGGCCACCUGGUGAUUCCUGUGGAUGAAUUGGCACUGGACACGUCCUUCUCUGUGACUGAAAAACGUACAGUGGGAGAGGUUAUUAAAUUAGAUCCUGGCGGAUCUCCAAGAAAAGUCUGGGGGAAAAGUCCUAUAGAUUCUGUUCUAAAGGUACUUGGAGAAGCUGAACUACAACUUCAGACAGAACUAUUGGAAAAUACAACUAUUAGAAGUGCCACAUGUGUUCAGACACGACAGGCAGAAGAUGGAAUUGAUGUGGAGUUGGGGUUUUGCCGUGAAUACCAGAUUUCUCCUCAAGGGGAGGAGUGCAAACCCUUAAUUACUGGAGAAGAAAAAAUAAAAUGUAUUUCACCUGAAAUGAAUCCAUCAGCUACUGUUGAUUCUUCUGUUGAGACAGACAGUCCAAACUUUAGUGAGCCAUCUCCACAGACGGCAUUGAAACCAGAAGGAAAUUUGGAUGAGCCUGAUGACUUGGAAGCAGAAUUUCUACAGGAGCCAAGUAGAGCAGACGGGGACGGUGGCUUGCAAUGCCCUGUACUCGACGUGUGGGUUAGUGAGAUUAAAGAAGCAAAGGAGGCUGAGUUGGAAGAUAGGAUCACCAUUCAGCAAAAUGAAGUUUCUGAAGAUGGAGCCCCGAGGAGCAUGGAUCACCUUGGUGAAGUUCAUGUAGAACCUGGAGUGGAUGGUUCUUCACACUCUGAGUGUGAUGUAGAUGAAUCUAUGCAACCAGAACCAUUUUUCCAUAAACACUUGAAAGCAGCCUCUCAAGUCCAGUCAGUCCUCUGUUCACCAGAAGAAUUCUCUCCACUUCGAUCUCACUCUGGUUCACCACGAAGAAAUAAAAAACAGAAUUCCUUGCUGAUUGGACUUUCAACUGGUCUGUUUGAUGCAAACAACCCAAAGAUGUUGAGGACAUGUUCACUUCCAGACCUCUCAAAGCUGUUCAGAACACUGAUGGAUGUCCCCAUUGUCGGAGAUGGACGUCAGGACAAUCUUGAAAUGGAUGAAAUGGAAGAUGAGCAUGUUAAGGAAGGACCUUCCGACUCUGAGGACAUUGUGUUUGAAGAGGCUGACACAGACUUACAAGAGCUUCAGGCCUCCAUGGAGCAGCUGCUGCGGGAGCAGCCUGGGGAGGACUACAGCGAGGAGGAGGGGUUGGGCCUGAAGACCAGCGACGCGGAGCAGGCCGCCAACGGCAUGGACGCGGGCGAUGAGGACGACAGCCCUAGCAGCGAGAGCGCUCUCAACGAGGAGUGGCACUCGGAUAACAGUGAUGGUGAGAUAACUAGUGAAUGUGAAUACGACAGUGUCUUUAAUCAUUUAGAGGAACUAAGGCUUCACCUAGAGCAGGAAAUAGGCUUCGAAAAGUUCUUUGAGGUUUACGAGAAAGUAAAAGCUGUUCAUGAAGAUGAAGAUGAAAAUAUUGAGAUUUGUUCAACAGUGGUUCAGAAUCUUUUGGGAAAUGAACAUCAGCAUCUUUAUUCCAAGAUUCUUCAUUUAGUUAUGGCAGAUGGAGCCUAUCAAGAAGAUAAUGAUGAAUAAUGCUCAGAACGUUUAAUCCUCAACGGAAUGAAAGCAUUUAAAUUUUGGCUCAUCAGAAUAACAAGCUUCAGUGGGAAAUAUAGCGAUUUUUUAUAAAUGAAAUAUUAGAUUUAAAAUGAGCAUGCUGAUUACAUGAAAAUGAUGGAGAAACAUGCCAUUUUUCAAUUAAGAUUCUAGUUUUUUAUCUAUUUUAUUUUGUUUAUUGAGUUCUAUAGUUAUCUCCUACAGAAUAUACACUUUAUUAAAUGUUCCAACCAAAGUGUAAAACACAGUGAUCCAGACUGGACUCAAUGGCUUUGAAGAAGAUGUACCAUGCAGCAAGGUAAUUUUUACUUUCAGCAAAUGUCUUUAAGUUGAAAGAGUAACUUCUGUUGUGAAAGACCUGCCUUUGCUUUUUCAAUUAUGCAUUUAAGCAUGACCCUUUUUUCUGUCUACUUGUUUUCAUGGCCAGCAAUUCUAGAUUAAAUAACCUUGUCAAGGGCUCUAUUUAAAUCUUAACAUUUCGAAGAUGGAACUUUUAGCCUUAAAGUUUAUAUUCUCAGUCCUUUUUCAACCAGUGUGUCUCCUGAACUAGCUGAAUGGAAACAGGCUAUAAAAACAGUCUUAGAAGUCAUUGAAAAAUUUGAUUACGAAAGAAUAGCAAAAAUAUAUUUCCUGAUAUUGAAAAAGUUAAUUACUUUUCUUUCUUUUUGAGGACCAGAACAAGGAAGACUAUAUCUAAAAAUUAGUCUGUGAAUUUUAACAUUGAUCUAGCAUAUAACAUAAAGUUGCCCUUUUGAUUUUCAGCUUCCUCUCAUGCAUGUGCUUUUUAAUUGAGAUUCAAAAGAAGAAAUGAAUCAUUUUUAUUUUGACAGUGUGACAGUUUUGGUAACUAGUAUUCCAAAGGGGGGAAAUGUUUACCUCUUUCAAUACCAUUAGGAGAAGAUUUUGUUAGGUCAUUAAGACAAUGGUCACACAGCUUCAAUUGCGGUAUGCCAGGUGUUACAUCAUUAGAGAUGUCUGAAGUCCAGAUGCUUUUAGUAAUAAAAGCAGAAUUUUGGAAACUCUGAGAACAAAGAAGCCUUAUUGUCAUUAUCUAUAAUUUGAACAGAAGAAUUGUAUGUUGCAGCACUAUCAGUAGUAUGCUGAAUUAAUUAUGUAUAUUAUUUCUAACAUCCAAAGCUAAAUACUUGAUUUUUAUAUGUUUGUUUAUUUUAUGAUAUUGCUAUUAAAUUUUUACUCUCUACCUGAA